UCCCGGAUGUGCGCUCCAUCCUUGUCUGUUGUCCGUCCGCACUGAUUCAGUGUGACUGUCGGUGCGGGACCUCUGUUCGGGCUUUGGGUGUAUUUCCUCCCUCGUGUUGCCAUGUAGACAUCUGAAGAAGGAGACGAUGCAGAUUUUGACUCCUCAUGUGUUUUGGGCGCAGCGGCACGGAGAGAUCCUGCUGCGAGUAGAGCUGAGCGACGCUAAGAAUCUUGAUAUUAGCCUGCAAGAAAACAACACGCUUCAGUUCAGAGCACAGGGCCAUGGUGCUAAAGGAGAUAAUGACUAUGAGUUCAGUUUGGAGUUCCUGGAGCCCGUUAGACCGGAGAUCAACCAUAGGUCCACCCAGCGUCAGGUGGACAUCAAAAUCAGGAAGCAGGAGGAGCGGUGGUGGGACCGGCUGACGCUGCAGGAAAAGAAGCCUCUGUUUCUGGCUCCGGACUUUGACCGCUGGCUGGACGAGUCCGACGCUGAGAUGGAGCUUCAGGCAAAGGAGGAGGAGAAGUUAAACAAGCUCUCCGUGGACAUGAGAGUCCGUAAAGAUCACUAUCUCGGACUGAAGAGGGGCUACCUGUUCAUGUACAACCUGGUGCAGUUCCUGGGAUUCUCCUGGAUCUUCGUCAACAUGACCGUUCGACUCUUCAUCCUCGGUCAAGACUCAUUCUACGACACUUUCCACACCAUGGCUGACAUGAUGUAUUUCUGUCAGAUGAUGGCCGUGCUCGAGGUCAUCAAUCCCCUGCUGGGCCUGGUCAAGACCGGGUUCUUUCCUGCCAUGAUCCAGGUUACAGGAAGGAACGUCAUUUUGUUCGUCAUCUUCGGCAGCCUGGAGGAGAUGCAGAACAAACCCGUGGUCUUCUUCGUGUUCUACCUGUGGAGCACCAUCGAGAUCUUCAGGUACCCGUUCUACAUGCUGGCCUGCCUCGGCUCAGAGUGGAAGCUGCUGACGUGGCUGAGGUACAGCAUCUGGAUCCCCCUCUACCCCCUGGGGGUCAUCGCUGAAGCGGUGGCGGUGAUCCAGUCGCUGCCCGUCUUUGACGAGACCCGCCUGUUCAGCCUGCCUCUGCCCGCCAUGCUGGGACACUCUCUAAGCUUCUCCUACACGCUGCAGAUCUUCCUGGUCCUCAUGUUUCUGGGACUCUUCAUCAACUACCGACAUCUGUACAAGCAGAGACGAAGACGAUACCGCUCCAGGAAGAGGAAAGUCCACUAACCGACCCAGAGUUUCCCUCUGAUUGCCUUUUACACACACACACACACACACACACACACACACACACACACACACACACACACACACACACACACACACGUUCAUUUUUGUCCGCCGGAUGAACUGAAUCCUGUAAAUCUUUCUGAGUCGGUGUUUAGCUUCAGUUCCAUCAAAUCCACUUUAUUUAAACGGCGUUGAAAGACACCUCUCUGUCUCAUCAUCUGGUGUGUUAAUUCUAGGGGUAGUCUGCGGUUGUUUUCUGAACACGCUUUUUUAUCAACACGCUUUGCAUUUCUUUUGCUUGUUUGCUCGAAGCACCUGAAUGCACCACGAGAGGUUGGAGAUGUUUCCUGUCGAUGCUUGAAAAUGCAACAAGACAUAAACACACAGCGAUACCGUAACAUCAGGAGAAAGAACUGAGGGAGGAAAUCUGUUAUGCUGAUGUGAGAAACUAAAGAGGUUAACAGCGAUGCUGAUAAGUUUAAUUUCUCCCAAUAACAGCUCCAGCUGAUGGUUGGUUUGAUGCUAACACACAUCAAGAUGUUUACAGCAACAACUGAUUUUCAUCUAUAUGUUUUGACUUCUGUUCUGUAUAUCAAAUCUUCGUCGCUGCAGAAACACCUGUUGUCUCUGUAGCUGUACCAUACACUAAUGUUUACGGUUUAUUUAUCGCCGUGGCUCGUAGAAACACUGUCGUUUGAACCAGAAUGUGAGCCAGAAGGAGAGUCUCCUGAACAAGGUCACACAUUUCAGGAUGGUAUUGUUUCUUAGUUUUAUCAUGUGUGUUGUUACAGUUGGCUCCUGCAACCCGAAAGGGUAACUGUUAGAGUUAAUCAUAUUACACUGAAUUUAUUCAAUUUAUCUGAAAGUCGCCUACCUAUGGGAGGAUCAGAGAGAGCAGGAAGUGGUUUUUUCCCCCACAUGAUGUCGUGGAGGGAAAAUCUGGGAUUCACCUGUGUGAACACACUUUCACUAAAGUGGAGCAAGAUGACACUUUUUGCAGUUCGACAGCCUCACACACAGGCUAUUGAGACACAUGUUGCUGUCACAAACUGCUAUAAAUUGAAUUUUGCAUAACAUGGGACCUUUAAAUUUUACAUACUGAGCCUGUAGUGUCAUUUUCUUAAAAGGUCACAAUUUCAUCAGCUUCCCUUGUUGAACCCGACAUGCAGGUUUAAAGUUACUCCUGGAUACUUUAUGAGGUCAGAAAUGGAACCAUUCAUUGUUCUAUGAAGGAAAUCGGUGCUUAAGUUUAGUGUUAGUUUAAUGUCCUGAUGAGCCGCCCACAUCCUGUUUUAUUGGUUUUUAACUACACACAUCCAAGCAUGAGUGAGUUGACAUUGUUCUUGUUUGUUUACCUUUUUCCCCAGUUUACCUGAUUCCUCACUAUUUAAAAGCCUGUCUUUGUUUUUUUAUUUUUUUUUUAUUUAUUUACUUGUAUAAACUGAAAUAAUUUCUUGCUUUGUUUUUUAUUAUUGUCUCUUUUGGGAGAGUUACACAUGUGAGUACUUCUGUCUCUUUGUUGCAUUGAUUACUUUAAAAUUGACUCUAAAUUAUGUUUUUAUUCCUCAUGAUGUUCUAGAAACAAUAAAAAAAA